AUGACUCAGGCAGUUUGGAUUCUCAACUUCUUUUCUCAACUGUUUGAUCUAGGUAUAGGAACAAAGAAGUGGAUAUGCGUUGCAAUUUUCACUGCCAUUGCUGUACUCGUGAUUGUUUUCUGCAUAUUGUGUUAUCUACUCAAACGGAGAGCAGUCGUAAAUCAAGGGAGUGAUGAAACAAACGGUGAAAAUGGAUUGCUUGCUUUAUUGAGCUUGGACUCAUCUAUCAACAUGAAUGAAAUUCUAAAUGAUUGGAAUGAUGGAGCUCGUUUCAGUGUUAUUAGCUAUACAUGUGUCAUAGCUGCAACAAACAAUUUUUCAUUAGAAAACAAGCUUGGAGAAGGAGGCUUUGGGCCUGUGUAUAAGGGAAAAUUGGCAGGGGGGAAAACAAUAGCUAUAAAGCGAUUAGGGCAAAAUUCAGAACAAGGAAUACUGGAGUUCAAGACUGAGCUGAUAGUCAUGCCUAAACUCCAUCAUGUGAACAUUGUUAAACUUAUUGGUUGUUGCAUUCAUGGAGAAGAGAGGAUGUUGGUUUAUGAAUACAUGCCCAACAAAAGUUUAGAUUGCUUUCUAUUUGAUUCAAAGAGGAGCAAGUUAUUAGAUUGGAAAAACCGUUUCAAUAUAAUUGAAGGAAUCGCUCAAGGACUACUCUAUCUCCAUAAAUAUUCAAGACAAAGAAUAAUUCAUAGAGAUUUAAAAGCCAGUAACAUACUCCUUGACCAAAACAUGAAUCCUAAGAUUUCUGAUUUUGGCAUGGCACGAAUUUUCAAACCGGAUGAAUUGGAAGCAAACACUAAUGUAAUUGUUGGAACAUAUGGCUAUAUGUCUCCUGAGUAUGCUAUGGAAGGAGUGUUCUCUAUAAAAUCCGAUGUCUACAGCUUUGGAGUCUUGAUGCUUGAAAUCGUGAGUGGUAGAAAAAAUAAUAGCUUCUACCAUGUUGACUACACACUCAAUUUAGUAGGAAAUGCAUGGAAUUUAUGGGAAGAAGGCCAAGGGCUAGAACUAAUUGAUCCUUCAAUAAGUGAUUCAUGUGUCAAAUAUAAGGUGUUGAGAUGGAUCCAUAUCGGUCUCCUCUGUAUACAAAAUAACACUGAUGAUCGGCCUACUAUAUCAGAUGUGUUAUUUAUGUUAAGAGACGAUAGUACACCAUUGCCUUUGCCAAAAAACCAACCAUAUUUUUUUGGAUGA